UUAAACAUAAUCAGUUGGCCGCCGACCGCUCGCCGAGCCGCACUCCUCUUCCCACGCAAUUUUCAAUUACGACAAUACGAUAAAUUACGCGCCGAUGGACAAUUUCCGAAUUGUGGACUUUAAUUCUUUAAGCGAGGUGGUCAAAAAUUUAAUACGAGAAGCGGUGGAAAUACGAAAGCGAGCUUACUGUCCGUACUCAAACUUCGCCGUUGGAGCCGCAAUAUUAACCGAAGAGGACUCCAAAGUGUACACAGGGUUUAACAUUGAGAACUCAACAUUGUCGCCGAGCAUAUGCGCCGAAAGAGCGGCCGUACCGAGGGCCGUUUGUGACGGUUAUUUAAAAUUCAAAAUGGUGGCGGUUGCCGCUCACCAACACGACUCGUACACAGCGCCCUGUGGGGUGUGCAGGCAAACUCUAAGCGAAUUCCGCGGCUCAGACGGCGACAUGGACAUAUACCUCUGCAAACCAACUAUGGAUCAGGUUUUGUGCACGAAGCUGUCCCAGUUGCUGCCGCUAUCGUUUGUUAGUUAUCAAAAAGAUAGUGUAAUUAAUAAUUGCAAAUAAUAAUAAUUCAGAGAUGUCAUAAUACUGAAGGAGCACAUAAUAAGUAUAAGGUCUGGUCGAUAUUUUUAAGAACACACGUCUUACUUUUUUUUCACUUAUUAACUAGAUUGUCGUAAUUCGGAUUAGGAAGGCGCAGGGCCGUAUUUGGAGGCGCGCUCUUGGAAAGGCCCAUGUCCAGCUGUGGACGCAUACAGGCUGAUGGAUUGGAUUGGAGAUUGUCGUAAAACUUGCGCCAUAAACGAUGAGCGAAGUAAGGUUUACAGACUGUAUAUAAAAAAUGUGCGAAUAGCCUAGUGUUUAAGAGGUCAGUCGUCCUCCUAGACGGGUCCAGGGUCCGGGGUUCGAUCCCGCGCACGACCUCUAACUUUCGGAGUUUAUUAUAAUAUGCGCUUUAGACAAUUAAGUAUCUCUUGCUUUAACGGUGAAGCAUAACAUUGUGAGGAUAGUCUGCUAAUCCGCACGUGGCCAGCCUGGUAGACUAUGGCCAAACUCUUUUCUUUCUGACAGACCGGUGGCUCAAUAGUGAGCCGGCAAUGGUAAUUACUCGGGGCAUUGUAUGUUCUAGUAGGUAAUAUGACAUCUCUUUGUAAAUAAUAAUGAAUGUAAUAAUGUGAACAAUGGUGGUGAGAGCUAAAGACGUCGAGGACGUGAAAAAUAAAGACAGUUCAAUAAUAACUUUUGUUUAUUAUGAUAAACUUAAUACCUUAUCAUAAUUAUGUUUUACAUCAUACAUAGCUAUAUUACAGUUUACACUUUUAUACGCACAGUAUUUUAAUAUAAGAGAAAUUAAAUAAGGGAAG